AUGAGCCACACUCACACACACGGAUGGUAUUGGUUAGACGAUAAUGCAUGGAUACCUUACGACAAAAAACUUAUUGACAAUUUUGAAAAGUCAUUUAAUUCAACAAACUUUUUACCUGGUAAUAAAAAAAUUUCAGUAGAUCAACAAAGAUUUAUAGAAAUUAUGCCACUUAAAGAUGUAAUUUCAAAUUUUGUAAAUGUUGCACACGAUCCAGAUAUUGUAGGCAUGCAAAGAAGAUAUGACGAUCCAAUGAAAAGAAGAGUUGUUAAAAGAUCAAGUCUUCAAACCAUUACAUUUUUUGAUAAUUUAGAAUUUUCCUUUUAUUCGACAGCCCAAAAAACAAAAACACAAGAAAUUAAAGAUAUAGUUAAGAUGUGUGGAGGUAAAUUUGUUGAUGACUUUACAAAAAAGACCGACUAUUUAAUUGUUAAACCAAAUGAUUUAAAAGAUGCUGUCACAACAUUCAAUACAAUCAUUGCCAAAGCUGAAAAUUUAAAAGUUGUACCAGUAGAAUCAACAUGGAUAGACUCAUGUGUCAAAGCUAAAAAGCUAGUCGAUCAUACAACAUAUGUUGUAGCUCAAAAACCAGUUCCUGUAGUAGCUGCAGCAACAGCAACAUCAACAUCAAGCGCAAGUGCAGCAUCAACAUCACCAUCAAAUACCAAAAAUACAAAAUCAAAAUCAACUACAGGUGCUACCACUAGCAACACAUUAAAACCAUAUGUCGAAAAUUUAAUUAAAGGUAGCGAAUGGACAGGUGUAUGUUCAACAGAUGAUGAUCACUACCCAUUCAUUAUGACUGUCGAUAAUGUUGAUGGUAACGAUGAGGUUUCAGGUACAAUUACAUGGAUUAAUUUAGGUUCUGCAAAAACAAAAUAUAAAGGAAAAUUAAAUAGGGCUACUGGUGAAUUCAAUUUUGAGGAAUAUGAAGUUAUCACUGGCGAAGAUGAAGUCGAGGUUCCAAAUAGUUAUACCUCUGUAGUAUAUGGUGACGAAAUUAUCGGAAAGAUAACAGACAGCACCUUCAAAUUAAAAUUAACCAAAUCACCACCUGUAACACAUAUGCAACCCGAUUCAAAAUGGAAUGGAACCAGUCGUCAACCUGAAAACUUUAAAUUAGAAAUCACCAAAAGAGAAAAUGCAGAUAUAAUGGGUAAAAUCACAUGGAGUAGCUAUGAUGCUUUUGGCACAUUCAAAGGAACUGUCACCCCAACCCAUAUUGAUGUUUCCGAAUAUAAAGAAACCUCAAAAAAUCCGGGACCAGAAUUAACACAUCCUUUUAAACUUGUACCAAUUAUCACCCAAAAUAAACAAUCAUCAAAUGGCACAACCAUAACAACAACAAAAACCUCAUUUAAAAUUGAAAAAAAUUAA